ACUUAGUAAUGGAGGGCAGCCGGGUACUGUUUCGGUUUGGGACCCGCUAAACUUCAAGUGCUGAGUGGGUAGUGUGCUUACAGAAGCAUCUUUCAGAUUCGAUGCCUCCUUCUCCAGUCUCCGCCACGCGCUCAUCUUUCGCCUUUUUAACUUACGUGCUCUUUCGAUGUAGAGCCAGUGUAGUGAUUGUUUGCGCACGCGCUUGUAAGUUACUUUUGGUAUAACAGGUCGUCCUCGGUUCCCAUGACGGUGUAAAGGUCACCAUUGUCAGUGGCUCGUUGUCAGCAAACGUGAUUGGAAUACGACAGCGUUUCAAACUCUCCAUUCCAUUAACGACCCUGUUAAAAUCGCCAUCUUUCUACUAAUACUCUGCCUCGCAAAACUGAAAAAGAUGGAAAAAGGGGGAAAAAAUUAAUUAAUUAAUAAAUAAAGAAAAAAAGAAUACAGAGCGAAAAAAAGGAGCCCUCUCUUUUAUCUCUCCCUGUGUAUUUUAACAAUAACACUUUUAUCUAUGCCUGUCUCUGUGUUUCACAUUUGGUUUGGAUGUUUUGAGGUUAAUGAAUGUGAAGUAAGCUAAUCGAUCCACCCAAUUUCCAACACACCACCUCUUUAUUCCAAAAAAAAAAAUUAAAUCCAAAAUCUAUCUAAUGUUUUCUUGCCCGUUCUAGGGUUUCUUGCUUUCACCAUUUCUUGCCUGUACUUUACUCUCCUAGGGUUCUUAAAACCUAAACAAACAACCAAAUAAGAAAAGCGUGCAGAGCUCGGGAAGUUCGCCAGUGGAGUUUUUUUGUUUUUUUUGUUUUAAUGGCUCCGGCUGUUAAUGGAGAAAUAUCUGGUUGCUGUGUGUGUGUGUGUUUUUAUUUAUUAUUUAUAGGAUCGGCGUAGAAAAUAAGAUCUCAUGUUAAGUUAGCGGUGGCGAUGAGAUUAGAUUAGGGAAGGAAGAAGAAGAAGAAGAGGAAGAAGAAGCAUUGUUGUUGUAAUGGUUAUUAGAAUUUAUCGUAACAAGGAAAGAAGACUCAUUUUCUAAAAAUGCCUUUCGCGAAGCUCGAUGACUCUCCAAUGUUCCGCAAGCAGAUACAAUCCAUGGAGGAAAGUGCUGAAUUGUUAAGGGAGAGAAGUCUAAAGUUCUACAAAGGAUGUCGGAAGUAUACUGAAGGACUUGGGGAGGGAUAUGAUGGGGACAUUGCCUUUGCUAGUGCUCUAGAAACUUUUGGUGGAGGGCAUAAUGAUCCAAUUAGUGUGGCUUUUGGAGGCCCUGUUAUGACUAAGUUUACCAUAGCCUUGAGAGAAAUUGGGACAUACAAGGAAGUUCUUCGAUCUCAGGUUGAGCAUAUGCUGAAUGACAGAUUACUACAAUUUGUCAAUAUUGAUCUGCAUGAGGUCAAGGAAGCAAGAAAGCGUUUUGACAAGGCUAGCCUUCUUUAUGAUCAGGCUCGUGAGAAGUUUCUGUCACUAAGGAAGGGUACGAAGACUGAUGUAGCUACUCUUUUAGAGGAGGAGCUUCAUACUGCAAGGUCUGCAUUUGAGCAAGCUAGAUUCAAUCUAGUGACAGCUCUUUCUACUGUUGAAGCCAAAAAGAGGUUCGAGUUCUUAGAGGCUGUAAGUGGGACAAUGGAUGCACAUCUUCGUUACUUCAAGCAGGGGUAUGAGUUGUUGCAUCAAAUGGAACCUUAUAUAAAUCAGGUUUUGACUUAUGCUCAACAAUCAAGAGAGAGGUCCAACUAUGAGCAGGCUGCUCUCAAUGAAAGGAUGCAAGAGUACAAAAGGCAAAUUGACCGUGAGAGUAGAUGGUCUUCGAAUGGUUCUAACGGGUCUCCUAAUGGAGAUGGCAUACAAGCCAUUGGUCGAAGUUCACAUAAAAUGAUAGAGGCAGUUAUGCAAUCUGCUGCAAAAGGGAAGGUUCAAACAAUUAGACAAGGUUAUCUAUCAAAACGCUCCUCAAACUUAAGAGGUGACUGGAAAAGACGGUUUUUUGUUCUUGAUAGCCGAGGAAUGUUGUAUUACUAUCGGAAACAGUGCAGCAAAUCAUCUGGUUCUGGUAGUCAGCUAUCUGGUCAAAGGAACAGCUCUGAGCUUGGAUCUGGACUGUUGAGCCGUUGGCUGUCUUCUCAUUAUCAUGGUGGGGUGCAUGAUGAAAAAUCUGUUGCUCAUCACACCGUGAACCUUCUCACAUCAACAAUCAAGGUUGAUGCUGACCAGUCAGACCUGCGGUUUUGCUUCAGGAUUAUUUCACCAACAAAGAACUACACUUUGCAGGCAGAGAGUGCAAUGGAUCAAAUGGAUUGGAUUGAGAAAAUAACAGGAGUUAUUGCUUCACUACUAAGCUCUCAGGCCCCCGAGAGGUGCCUUACUGCUAGUCCCAUGGGAAGUGGCCAUCAUCGGUCUGCCAGUGAGAGCAGUUCCUUUGAAAGUGCCGACUAUGACCAUUCUGCUAUUGAUGAAUUUACAUCUGAGAGGAGCUUUGCUGGUGCACAUCAUGAACGACCAUUAAGAAUUCCUCAACAGCUACGAUCCAAUGCAGAAAAACCAAUUGAUGUUUUACGAAGAGUAUGUGGAAAUGAUAAAUGUGCUGAUUGUGGUGCCCCUGAGCCAGAUUGGGCAUCCCUAAACCUUGGUGUUCUUGUUUGCAUUGAGUGUUCUGGUGUUCACCGCAAUCUUGGUGUACACAUCUCAAAGGUAAGAUCCCUCACACUUGAUGUCAAAGUGUGGGAGCCUUCUGUUAUAAGUUUGUUUCAGUCUCUAGGAAAUGCCUUUGCUAACUCAGUCUGGGAGGAGUUAUUGCAAUCAAGAAGCACCUUUCAGGUUGAUCUGAUUCCCCCAAGCUCAAACAAGUCUGAUAGAUCAAAGCUGCAUUUUAUCAGCAAACCCAGUCCUGCAGAUUCAAUAUCAGUAAAGGAGAAGUUUAUUCAUGCAAAGUAUGCAGAAAAGUUAUUUGUUCGCAGGCCAAGAGACAGUCAGUAUCCUAAUCCAGUGUCACAACAGAUAUGGGAAGCUGUUCGUGCCAAUGACAAGAAGUCUGUAUACCGUCUUAUAGUUAAUCAUGAAGCAGAUGUCAAUGCCGUGUGUGAGCAAGCAUCUUGUAGCUCUUCUCUAACCCUUGCUAAAGUGAUGCUACUGCAAGAGCAUACAGGCCUUGACCACUGCUCUAGCUGCUCAACAGGGAACUCAUUGGACAGGUCCUCCACUAGCUCUUUGAAUUUGAUGGGCACAGGUGAAGGCCAGAUCUUGGAAGAUCUAUGUGGAUGUUCCUUGCUUCACCUUGCUUGUGAAACUGCAGAUAUCGGCAUGUUAGAACUCCUAUUACAGUAUGGUGCAACUAUAAAUUUAUCUGACACAAGAGGUCAGACUCCACUUCACCGUUGUAUUCUUAGAGGUCGAGCUGCAUUUGCAAAACUGCUUCUUUCAAGAGGAGCAGAUCCAAGGGCCAUCAAUGGGGAAGGCAAAACCCCCCUUGAGAUCGCGAUAGAUUCAAAUUUUGUUGAACAUGAUAUUCUCGUUUUAUUGUCAGAGUCCAAUGGGUAACAUGCUCAGAAAGGUAAAUAAUUGAAGGCCAAUUACAGCGAGGUUGGGGAAAGGUAUUGCUGUUUCUGUAAGUAUAUUUAUAAGAUGGAAGAGUUGGUCUCCAUUGAAGAUGAUGUCAGCAGGGUUUGAAAUAGAGUGGAGUAGUGGGAUGGCAUGCCUGCCCCAUGGGCGUCUAUGCAAAUUAGCCCCAGGUUUGUAUUUUUAUACUGCCGCAGAGCUGCUGCAAGCUUUUCGGAAAGGGGCUCUUAUAAUGUGAUGUUUUUUUUGGGUUCAUCAGCUUGUUUUGAUUCUGGUUCUGGUUCCUUUUGUGGUGGAGCUGUGAGGAUUUAGCUUAGGGCAUUGUGUAUUUGUACAUUGUUUUUGUUUUAUUUUAGUAAAGGUAAUUGUUAUUGCUGUAACUCUUUUGAAUGCAUAUUUUCCACCCUUGAUGCAUUUGAGAGGACAACUCUAGUCAGUACAACCUUUUCGCUCCUCUUUUUCUUU